UGCUCUCACAUCUCUCGAACUAUUUCUAAUAAUUGUGAACGUGAAUCUAUAAACUUUCGUGUUGACUGAAGUUGUUAUAAAAUUUAUAAAAUUCAAUAAAACCAAAGAAAUUAAUGUAAAAUGUAAAUAUUGGUAAAAGGAAAUCUAUCUUCUAUAAACAGAGCACAAUGAGGACCCGAGCACUGCGUUGCCGGUCUUUCCCGACCCGUAUAUUGGCAAUACUCCUGCUGGUCAUCGGCUUUGGGGCCUAUUGUUACUACUACAGUGGCCCUACAUUGACUAAACCAAGUAACAGCAUUACUAGCGGGGACGACAUCGAUCUGAAAGCUCCCCCACCAAUUUUCCACGAACCCAUCCAGCAAGAGAAGGUUACCCUAGAGCAAUGCCCUAUAUUGAAGGAGAGCGCAGCCGACAUCGACACUGUAUCAAUCUACCCUUCGUUUAACUUCCAACCCAGUUGGUUGAGAACAAAAGAAUUCUGGGAGCAGUCAUUCGAAGAGCGCUACGAGAAGAUCCGGAAUGAUAAUCGUCGGCCGCGAUUGAAGGUAAUCGUCGUCCCUCACUCUCACAAUGAUCCAGGAUGGCUGAAAACUUUCGAACAGUACUUUGAAUGGAAGACGAAGAACAUUAUCAACAACAUCAUACAAAAGCUCAAUCAGUACCCAAAUAUGACAUUUAUUUGGACCGAGAUCUCAUUUCUUAAUGCUUGGUGGGAGAGGUCGCACCCCGUGAAGCAAAAGGCUCUGAAAAAACUUAUAAAAGAAGGCCGACUUGAAAUUACAAGUGGCGGAUGGGUUAUGCCAGAUGAAGCUUGUACCCAUAUCUACGCGUUGGUCGAUCAAUUUAUAGAAGGUCAUCACUGGGUUAAAACUAACUUAGGGAUUGAACCGAAAACUGGCUGGUCUAUUGACCCAUUCGGUCAUGGACCUACAGUGCCUUACUUACUGGACCAGAGUGGCCUUGAGGGGACCAUCAUUCAAAGGAUUCAUUACGCUUGGAAACAAUGGCUAGCGGAGCGGCAAAUUGAAGAGUUUUACUGGAUCCCGGGAUGGUCUACUAAGAAACCCUCCAUGGUCGUGCAUAAUCUCCCGUUUGACAUAUAUUCCAUUAAAAGCACCUGCGGCCCCCAUCCCUCUGUAUGUCUCAGUUUUGAUUUUAGGAAAAUACCCGGUGAAUACUCCGAAUACACUUCCAAACAGGAAGACAUUAACGACCAUAAUCUUCAUUCUAAAUCGAAGACUUUGAUAGAAGAGUAUGAUCGAAUCGGAUCCCUCACUCCUCAUAAUGUGGUGCUUGUGCCCCUGGGCGAUGAUUUCCGAUAUGAAUAUGGCGUUGAAUUUGAUGCUCAAUAUACUAAUUAUAUGAAAAUGUUUAAUUACAUAAACAAUCAUAAAGAGCUAUUCAAUGCUGACGUCCAAUUUGGUACGCCCCUAGACUACUUCAAGGAAAUGAGAGAAAGACACAGGAAUAUUCCAAGUUUAAAAGGCGAUUUCUUUGUAUACUCUGACAUAUUCAGUGAGGGAAAGCCAGCCUAUUGGUCGGGAUAUUAUACCACACGGCCUUAUCUUAAAAUCCUCGCACGUGAAUUCGAACAUCAACUGCGAACGUCAGAAAUUUUGUUUUCGCUCGUUUCCAAUUUUAUAAAACAAUCUAGUAAACGCAAGCUCGUUGCUUCAGAGAAGAGAUUAGAGAAAUCUUACGAGCAACUUAUCGUUGCUCGAAGAAACUUAGGCCUGUUUCAACAUCAUGAUGCAAUAACUGGUACCUCAAAAGCGAACGUUAUGUAUGAUUAUGGAACUAAAUUGUUUGCAAGCAUAAAUCAUUGCCUUCGAUUGCAAGAGGCAGCUCUUACAGCAAUUAUGAUUCCAGACGAAUCUCUACAUACACAGAGCAUUAUCCAGAGUGAAGUCGAAUGGGAAACGUAUGGAAAGCCGGCUAAGAAGUUACAAGUGUCCUUCGUGGAUAAAAGGAAGGUUAUACUAUUCAAUCCGCUGGCUGUAUCAAGAACUGAAAUUAUUACUGUCAGGUCUAAUACAACAAAUGUGAGAGUAUAUGAUACCCGCAAAAGAGAAUACAUACAAUAUCAAAUUACUCCCAACAUAGACAUUCGUGAAGAUGGCAAACGAGCCAUAAGUGAUACUAGUUUCGACGUCCUUUUUGUUGCUACUUUGCCACCUUUGAGUUCGGUGACAUUCAAUCUGGAGGAACACACCAAUAUCUCACACCGUUGUGAAGUAUUUUGUAAUGGAUGUAAUGAGAUAAAGUCUGAUUCCGAAAAGCCUUUGUUCGUUACCAAGAAAAUGAUGCCAGGAGAUAUACAAUUGGAAAAUUCGGUACUCACUUUGUUGAUAAAUAGGAACACUGGUUUCUUGAGACAGAUAUUUAGAAAAGACAUAAGAAAGAAGAAUGUGGUUGAAAUGCAGUUCGGUGCUUAUCAGAGCGCUCAGAGGCAUUCCGGUGCAUAUUUAUUCAUGCCUGAUUAUGAUUCACCAGAGAAAAAUGUAUUGCAUCCUUACACUAACGGGAAUGGAUUGCAAGAUGAUAAUAUAAUUAUAGUAUCUGGACCAAUAUCAACAGAAAUCACAACAAUGUAUUUGCCUUUCCUGGUGCAUACAGUAAGGAUGUAUAAUGUAGAUGAUCCAGUGCUCUCGCGCGGUGUUUUCAUAGAAAACAUAGUCGACUUCGAAAAUCCUCCUAAAAAUAGGGAAACGGAGUUGUUCAUGAGAAUACAGACUGAUAUCCAAAAUGGUGAUAUACCUGAGUUCUACACCGAUCAGAACGGUUUCCAGUAUCAAAAGAGAGUAAAGGUGGAUAAAUUAGGCAUAGAGGCUAAUUACUACCCUAUAACAACUAUGGCGUGGCUGCAAGACGAAGAGACACGUUUAACGUUGCUGACGAACCACGCACAAGGAGCUGCUGCUUUCGAACCUGGACGAUUGGAAGUAAUGCUAGAUCGAAGGACCCUGUACGAUGACUUUAGAGGCAUCGGCGAGGGAGUGGUCGAUAAUAAACCGACGGUAUUCCACAAUUGGCUUUUAUUGGAACCCAUGACGAAACCGAGGGCUAAGAGGCAUACGAGUGAAAAAAUAUUCAAACACGUUAAUCAGAGACACUUCAGUCCUAAUGAAAAGGAUGCGUCGUACGAAUUACCUUCACAGAUGGCCGACUAUAUGAGUAAGUCACUGAACUACCCAGUGAACAUUUACCUAGUUGAUACCAGCGAAGUUGGAGAGAUUGAGGUGAAAUCACAUCAAACUUUCGUGCAAAAUUUCCCUUCCGGUGUUCACUUGAUGACACUACGUACCAUCACCGAUGAUAUUCUAGAGCAAUUCCCAAGUCCUGCUUGCUAUAUGGUGCUCCAAAGAUCUGGGGUCAGCUGCUCUAUUGGAGAUACCACAAUGAAAAGGUCUGCUGUGUUCACAUCGAAAACUAUAUUCAGUGGUCUAAAAAUUCAUAACUUGACAGCCGUUAGCCUAACUGGCCUAAAGACAAAGAAAGCUCUUUCGGGAUUGCAGGAGAUUGAAAUAGACCCUAUGGAGGUGAAAACGUUUAAAAUUCGUUUUUAAAGACUGUUAGUGAUAAGUGGAUAUGUUUGUAAUUUUAUAAAAUAAGUAAAAUGCGAUCAUACUCGCCUAAAUGUGCUUUGGCGAGACAUAUGACGUGCAAGUGUAUCCAAUUUGAAUUAAUUAUUAAAGGUGCGACAUUUUUGACCUUAUAUUAUAACAAUGUAUAUUAGUGGUAUAUCGUAACAGAUUAUUGGUGCAACUUUAUCGUAUCAUUGCAUCAGGCAGUUUGUAAUUUCGAAUGUUAUAUAAUAAUAUUUUAAUGAGCUGAUAAAUAAUUCAUUUGCGAACUCCGAAUUCAUGAGUACAUCGUGUGAAGUCAUGCAACUACCUCAGGACCAAAUGCUAUAUCAUACCUAACGAAUCUAAUUUUUUAAAUAAGUAUAUUAAUACUAUAUUAUAUUCAAUUCCAUUUUGUGUUUAUGGACAAAUCUGUUUAUGUACAAAUGAAGAAAUGGCAACAACAUUUUCAGAAUUUAGCCAAAUCUUGGUUCCUUGAAUUACCGUGACCAUAAUUUCCUGCAAGAUAAUUUCUUUCUAGAGGUAAUAUUUUAUAAAUAAUUUAGUUCUAUAGAAUUGAUUUCAUAAUAAUAUUGUUAAAAUGUCACCAAUCUUUUCUGUAUUCAAAGAUUAUUUUUAUGAAUACUUUAGAUUAUUUUUAAAUAAUCUCGUAAUUUUAUUAGUGAUAUACUCGUAAUUAUGUGUUUAUACUAUAGGUUAUUUAUUUGUGAAUGAUUAUUUAGUGUAAAAUAAAUAUUUCAUUUUGUUACGUAAUACUAAAACAUCCCGCCACGUUUGUUUUUUAAGUGUGUUUAUUAUAUUAAUAUGAAUUGUGAUUUUACUAUGUUAUGUUUAGUGUACUGUGAUAAUAGCCUGCAUGACACAUUUAUUAAAUACAGUAUUUGCAUUUUAAUGUACAAUUUACAAUAGGAGUUGUUAAAAUUCAUUAAUUUUGGAGAUGGAAAAAUAAAUUAUAUUCUCAAGUAUAAUGGUACCGAUUCUAAAAUACUCUAAAAUUUUCUCUUAAAAUACCGCAUUUUUUAUAUACAUUUAGUCAAAAAAUAGUAAUCGGCGCUCGGUCUCGUUGCAUUGCAUUUAGUAAGCGCUUUUUAGAUAUUAAUUGGUAAAUAUAAAUUUCUGAUUCUCAAAUAUGAGAACUUUUAUAUGGAAUUCUCUUUGUUAUAUGCACCUUUGGAUGUAUUAUGUGUCUGAAAUUAUUGAGCGUAAUUAUAUUCGUAGUUAUUUAUAGUCAUUAGGAAUUAAUUCAGUAAAAUAUAUGUAUGCGGCUAUGGACAAGCCACAUUAUUUGAAAACCGUAGGGUAAACUGUGGUGACCCAGUAGUGAAAUGCAUACAUGGCUUCCCCAAGUAAAUGGAGCGAUGAUCUCAAAUGUGUUGCUUGCAGCUCAGUACAAGCUCUUAUGUGUAAAAGGGAGGCCAAAGUUUAGUGAACAAUGUAUGGCUGCUAUGAUGUUAGCAACGACCAGUUAUAAUCUAUUUUAUUUUUAAGGUUACUUUAAAUGUUCUGCAUGUCUACUAUAUUUUGUCUACAUAACGGCAAAAUUAUUAAUUCUAAUUAUAGUUGAAAUAACUUUAAAUGCAAGAAAUUUUAUUGUUUUUAAAAUGUAAAGAUAUUUUGGUUGUGUCUAUUAUAGUAUGAUAGCUAAAUAUUUAUUUAACAUAAAUGAAAUUAUUAUUGAUCGGUAUAUGUAAGUUAUAUUUUAUUCUCAGAGUGUAAAUUAAUAAUAAAAUAGGCACAUUUAUUACGAUAUCAGAUUAUAUCAAUAUAUAAAAUCUAUUUAUUAUGUGUACAUACAAUUUAUAAUUUUCCUACAUUAAGCACCGUAUAUCUAUCUAAUGUAUGCUAUUUACAUAUUUUACUAAUUUUACAGUCUCAAUGAUAAAUGAUUCAAUGGUCUUCAAAUUAUAUCUCUAAUACUGAUGUUGUGUGAUGAUUAUACAUUUUAUCUGUGUUUAUAUAAUCAAUGUAUACAUUAUUAACUUUUGAGGAUGAUUAUUUAAUGUUAGAUUAAUCAAAGUUGUUUCUACUACACCUACACGGAAAGCGAAGUUAGAAUUUCAAUUGAGGAUAUAACUAUAAUCUAAA